UAUCAGAAUACGAGUCCAGUAAGCCGUCAAACGGAGCCACUAAUAGCAAUAUUCGUUCAUCUUUGUUUGUUGUUCUCUCUCAUCUAGCUAAUAAAAAUAACCUUCAUUCCGAAACACAAACGGGUAUUAUAUAAAAGUGUAGACGUUUUUUUCUUCUUCGAAGCAGCCGAAAGAAAAGUAUAUUGAUACUGUGAAGUAAGCCAAAAUAUACGACUUUUUACCCAGCAACUCGAUUUUUUGAGGUGGCGACAGUGAAGCAGAAGGAAUUUUCGUGAAAAUGUCGGGCUUAAGUAAAAUGAAAACAUUGCCGAAAUUGGUGAUGACAACUUCACCCUACCGUACAUUGGCGACGUCAUCGGCUUUGUCGAAGGAUGAUUCGUGGUUGAGCAAAUUGUUGGUGCGUAAAAUUGAACCGACCAAAGAGUCGCACAGCCGAAUGUUGAGUGACAAAGAGGUAAUUUACGCGCUUCACACCCACAAUGUACGACCGGAUUCCAAACUGGAAUAUUUGGAUAAUUAUAAGAAGACGACUGCGCUGAUUCAUUCGAAGAAAGAUGACAUCUCGUCCGACUUGAUGGGAUCAUGGACGGUUCAUGUGGGUGAUAUGGAUCAGUGUUUGCACUUGUGGAAAUACACCGGAGGCUUUGAGAAAAUCGAUGCUGCUCAUCGCAUUCUAGAAAAUGAUAAAGACUAUCAAGCACUUGAGAAAGAGCGUGGAGUUUUGUUGCGUUCACGUCACUUGCAAUACAUGUUGCAAUUCUCAUACUGGCCUCAAAUCAAAAUGCGAGAUCCAUCGCACAUUUAUGAAAUGCGUUCGUAUCGCUUGAAACCGGGCACAAUGAUUGAAUGGGGAAACAAUUGGGCCAGAGGCAUUCAGUAUCGUCAAGCAAACGAUGUACCAUUUGCUGGAUUCUUCUCGCAAAUCGGCCGAUUGUACAAUGUUCAUCACAUUUGGUGCUACAAAUCACUGCAAGACCGUAAAGAAAGCCGUGAAUCUGCCUGGCGUGCUCCUGGCUGGGAUGAAUGCGUUGCCUACACCGUUCCAUUAAUCAGGGAAAUGCACACGCGCAUCUUGAGACCAACUGAAUUCUCACCCACCCAAUAAUUUCACCAGUUUCUUUGAUGAUUGUUUACGUCUAAAUCUAAUUUGGAAUUGCGUCAAAAGCACAGUCAAAUUGCAUGUAAUCCAAUUGCAUCGCAAUCGCAGAUUUAUUUUCUGUGGAAUUCUUUUUUUUUUAUCUUAUAAAAAUUUUGAUAAUAACAACUCACUCUUAGUGAUACCUGUAGCUCUCACAUACACACACAACAUAUGAGGCUGUGAGAAUGAAAAUGGCAAUACAGGAAUAAACAUUCUGAAGCGCAUCAAGAAAAAAAAAUUCGCAAAAGUGAAUCAUGAGUUCUGAAUACGCAAAAGUGAACCAUGAACCUCCUAUGCUGCCCAUGUAAAUUCAUGUUUCACUUUUGCAUAUUCAGAACUCAUGAUUCAUUUUCGCGAAUUUUUUUUCUUGAUGCGUUUCAGAAUGUUUAUUCCUGUAUUGCCAUUUUCAUUCUCACAGCCUCAUAUAUCGUCUAUCUUCAAUUAAACUCUGAUUUUUAGAUUGAAGUGAAAGUCACUCUUUAGAACUGAUUAAAAGUCAAGCAUUUAUACACCACCUUUGUUCUCAUGCAACAUAGACAUUUAUUUGAUGUGAAAAAAACAGGAUACAAAAAGAACAUUAUUUGUUACAAAAAAAUAAAUGGAAUUUAAUAAAAUACUAUGUAAAC